AUAAACGGAGUCGCUCGACGGCUACCAAGCAAAGCGGCCAUUCUCCUCGGAAUAUACACCGGUCUCAGCAGCAUAAGCUAAAAUUAGAGUUGUUUUUUUUUUUUUUUACUAACCAUGGCAAUGGCGAGGAGUUUCCUCAACACGGAUGAUGCGUCUCCCGCGCCUCUGACAGAUCUGUGCCUGACUUACGUGAGCCAGAAUCUGGAGUGUUUCUGUGCGAAGCGCCCCGACGGCUCCCUGUGCUUCAGAGAGGCUGUUCUCUUCCCUCAGGAGCUGGCAGACCAGCUGCUGGCCAAGAUGGCCACUGAAGGUCCGUUGAAUGACAGCACGGUGGGUGUGUUUCGCAACUGCGAAUACCUGCGUCUGAGGCGAGCCUGCAUCCGGACAGCGCGGAUCUCUGCAGAGGCCUUUCAGAAAGCCCUCUGCCCUCACCGACUGCUGGAGCUGGAUGCUGCCAGGGUCAACGCAGACCUCACUAUUCCUGAUAUUCUACAGGGUCUCGCCACCAAUAAAUAUUGUCAGGAGUCCCUCCAGCGACUUGUCCUAACAGGUCUGACCAUGUCCUCCCUGGAAGAACCAAUCCGGUAUCGUUUCAGCUCACUCCCAGGCCUCCGCUCCCUCUCUUUAGCCAACGUGGACUUCUACGACUCCGGGCUCGUCGACGUGUGUUCCCUGCCUCGACUGGAGAGCCUCGAUCUCUCCAACACUUCAGUCACCAACCUGAACCCACUGCUCGGCCUGAAGGAGCGCCUGCGCUCACUCACACUGCACCAGCUGAAGAGGCUGGAGAUGAGCACUGGUCAGCUGCUGGGAGUCAUAGGCCAGUUGGAUGUAUUGCAGCACCUGGACAUCAGUGAUGACAAGCAGUUUACCUCUGACGUGGCUCGUCAGCUGCUCGGACAGCCAGGGAUCCUGCCCGCUCUUGUUUCCCUGGACGUGUCCGGGAGGAAACAGGUGACAGAUGCAGCUGUUAAGGCAUUUGUUGAGGAGAGACCAGGGAUGACCUUUGUGGGACUUCUGGCCACAGAUGCUGGAUUUUCGGACUUCCUCUCUGGAGAAGGAAAUCUGAAGGUAACAGGGGAGGCAAACGAGACCCAGAUCUGUGAGGCCCUGCGUCGCUACAGUGAGAGGGAGGGUUUCGUGAGAGAAGCUCUGUUUCAUCUGUUCAGCCUGACUCACGUCAUGGAGAAACCGAGGCCUGACAUCCUCAAGCUGGUAGUUUUGGGUAUGAAGAAUCACCCUGCCACUCUGAAUGUCCAGCUGGCAGCUAGUGCCUGUGUGUUCAACCUGACGAAGCAGGACCUGGCAGCAGGAAUGCCAGUGCGAUUGCUGAGUACGGUCACUCAGCUUCUACUGGAGGCCAUGAGGACGUUCCCCAACCACCAACAGCUGCAGAAGAAUUGUCUGCUGUCUCUGUGCAGUGAUCGCAUUCUGCAAGAGGUCCCAUUCAACAGGUUUGAGGCUGCCAAACUAGUGAUGCAGUGGCUCUGCAACCAUGAAGACCAGAACAUGCAGAGGAUGGCUGUGGCUAUCAUUUCCAUAUUGGCUGCUAAGUUGUCCACAGAGCAGACAGCUCAGCUGGGAGCAGAGCUGUUCAUAGUGAAGCAACUCCUCCACAUCGUGCGUCAGAAGGCUACUCAGGGCAUGGUGGACGCCACCCUCAAAUUUACACUGAGUGCACUUUGGAACCUCACCGAUGAGUCACCAACAACCUGCCGCCAUUUUAUUGAGAACCAGGGCCUGGACCUGUUUAUUAAAGUUCUCGAGUCCUUCCCCAAUGAGUCUUCUAUCCAGCAGAAGGUUCUCGGCCUGCUGAACAACAUAGCCGAGGUCGGGGAGCUGCACGGUGAGCUGAUGGUGCAGGGCUUCUUGGACCACAUCAGGACUCUGCUGCACAGCCAAGAGGUGGAGGUCAGCUACUUCGCCGCGGGGAUCCUCGCACAUCUGACGUCACGAGGAGAGGAAGCCUGGAUGCUCAGCUCUGAUCUUCGAUCCUCGUUAUUGGAGCAACUGCACGCUGUUAUUGUGAAGUGGCCUGCACCCGAGUGUGAAAUGGUGGCCUACAGGUCAUUUAACCCGUUCUUUCCCUUACUGGAGUGCUUUCACACCCCUGGUGUCCAGCUGUGGGCGGCCUGGGCCAUGCAACAUGUCUGCAGCAAGAACGCUGCUCGUUACUGCAGCAUGCUGUUGGAGGAGGGCGGCCUGCAGCAGCUAGAGCUCGUUCAUACACACCCACAGACCCACAAGGACGUCAAACGGUUGGCGAAGAGCAUUCUGGAGAGCCUGCAGAACCACAGAGCUCGCACCGGCCAGACUGCACCAUUGCAGACAAGUCGCCGUGUGCCGCCACAAUAGCCACACACAGGAAAUGAGGCUCCCUGACAAAGAAGAGGACAUAAACUGAGUCCCACUACAGAGGGAUUUUGUAUUUGAUGCCCGUGCGUGCGUGUGUGUAUGUGUAUCCCACACACAAACACACUUUAUCAAGAAUCUCUAGAACUUAAACUCAAAGGACAAAGUAAAUUUUAAAAAAUAAUGGACAAAGACUACGCAAUUCUUUGCACACAAACACACACACACUAACCUUAUUUAUUUUCUUCGUGUUUGUUUCAAAAACGAAAAUAUUUCUGUGUGUGCUCAUUGUGAUUGAUUGAUUGAUUGAAAAAACUUAAUUAUAGGAACAAACUGUUGGUCAGUUAAGCUCGACGUGAGGUUUGUGUCUGCGCUCGCUAUUGUUAAGCUGACAUUGGCAUUAUGAGAAUUUUUGUACCAAAAAUGUGUGCACACACAACUCUCAAUUUGGGGAUUGAAUCCCCCCAAAAGCAGAGCUGAGCAUCGACACCCUCCGCCUCCUGUAUGUUACUGAGGGCUCUGGUUGUCCGAAUUGGUUGACUGGCUCAUUAGAUAAUACGCAUGACGCUGCCGCUGUGAGCUGAAGCAUGCUGGAGUUUGUCUGAAUGCUUGCACUGUUCAUUUUAGGAAUGCCUGCUUGUUUGUUUAUUGCAGUGUUCACUGAAACCUACGCCUCUGGGGCCACAAUACUGCUGUUGCUCUCCUCUUCA